AAAGAGUAACUAAUUCUGUCUCUAUUAAGUUUCAAACAUAGUUGAACUUUUUCACAAAUAGUAGAUAGUGAAUUUUCUACCACAGGGAAGAAGUUGAGGAUCGAUCCGAUUGAUCUAAUUGCCACGUCAAAAAUGAUUUGAAAUUGUUUUUUCAUGAGCAUAAUAAUCAUAGGGAUGACUUUUUUGCUCUCUCCUUUUUUUUUUCAAUCUCUUCUCACAAGUCUACCUUCCUUCUCCCCACUGCUCACCAACCAGAUCCUCUCUCUCUCUCUUCACUCCGGCAGAACUCAGAAGCAACAAUGGAGGCCUCUCCGCCGCCGCAGCAAAGCAUCUUCCCCAAGUACCUGGCCGCCAUUAUCGUUCUUCUCAUAAUCCUCCUGUUCCCGUCCCAAGCCCCCGAGUCUCUGAAGAAGAAGAUCUUCCCCCAGCUUUGGGAGCUCCUCCGCCUCUUCUUCAUCGGCCUCUCCAUCUGCUACGGCAUUCUCUGCACCAGAAGGAUCGACGGCGGAGUCGGCGGCGAAGACGGCGCCGGAGAUCUAGAUUCAGAGCCUUAUUCCCUGUUAGAUGCUUCUAUUUCGUAUUUCUCUGGAAUUUCUAAUACGUCUUCCAUUUUCGAAUUCUCUGAAACUGUCCCUGUUUUGAACGACGAUAAACCAUUGGGAUUGCCGGUUCGGAGCUUGAAAUCCGGAUUGGAUGGCUCCUCUGAUUGGGAAAUUGUUGUUAGCAGUCGUAAUAAACUGCAAAGCGGAAUGACUGAUCUUGCGGCGGAUAAUCGGGGAAAGGAGGUUAGGGUUUCGAGAUUGAGAGAAGAAGGGGGUAAAGUGGCGGCCGCGCCGCCCCCGCCGCCGCCGGCUUUGGAAUACGGCAGCGGGGAUGAUGAGAUUGUUGGGGAGGACAGGGCAACAUUUUCCCGGGGGAGCUCGAAUGCUUGGUCCUGGAGCGGGAGGACGCCCCUGUCCUCCCCCUCGAGCGAUGGCCUGUUGCGGCAAGGCUGCAGCGGGCGAAUCCUGAGCUCGGAGGCGAUGGACCUCGCAGAGGCCAGUGUCAUCUCGGACGCACCCGAGUCGAGGUCUUCGUCCGAGAUGAACUCGCAGGUGGAGGACGAAUUCAAUGAAGAAAUUAUGAGUAUGAGUCAUGGCAUGAAAAAAUCCCCUUCACACCCCCUUAGAUCUUGGUCCUUUUGGCGUCCCACGCCUUCCGAAACGAAUCCUCCCGCCCCUCCUUCCCCCGUCUCAUCACCUACUGCCUCCUCUUCUCCGAACCCCGCGAUCGUCAAAGUUGACGAUCAUCCGGAAGAGGAGGCAAAGGUCACCAUUUCUUCAGCGACUACUAAAUGCCCUCCCGAGGAUUCUUCUUCUUCGUCGUCUUCUUCUUCGCCACUCAUAGACAAAAAAAUCCAAUCUUUGUAUUCACAAGGAAGAACAUCAGGCCCUAGAGGUGUCCCGAGGGGCAAAUCCGUGAGGACGAUCAGACCCCGCUUGCUCGACGAAUCGAACUCAAAUGCCAGCUUUUCGUCGAGCAGCAGAAGUCUGAUCGAUCCUUUUGAAACAUUGUCGUCAUCAUUGAUGACGACAACGAGAAAAGUUGUGGACGAAUCAAAAUCAAAUCCCAGUGCUUCUUCGAGCAGUAGAAGUUUGAUCAAUCCUCUCGAAACAUCAUCGUCGUCAUCAAUGUUGAUGACGACACCUAGGAGGAGGGGCGUGGAUGAAGCUCGUCCCGUUCCACCUCCAGACUUCGCUGGCGGUGGAAAUGGGAACAACGACAUUUUGGAGUCGAGAGACGAUUCCGCCAGCGUGUGGAAUGAGUCGGAGACGAGCUCUGAUGAUGGGGGGAAGUCGGGUCGUUCGUACUUCAGCGACGACAUGGAACUAGGGAGCGAGGUCGAUCGAAAAGCCGACGAGUUCAUUGCCAAGUUCAAAGAGCAGAUUAGGCUUCAGAAGGGCUCGAACUAGCAGAGAUUUCAUCCAUCAUCUUCUUCUUCCAUCUCACCUGCACAAUGCCAUUCUUUUUAUGUUCCAUACAACUUAUUUGUCAUACCUAAUUUCAUUCAUAAGAUCCCAGUUUUCAAGUUUCCAGUUUCAGGUUUUUGUUUUUUUUUUUGGAAAACCAAAAUCUUGAUUUUGGAAGCUGGGAAAAAAAUUGUUUUUGACUUUUUAUUAGGGGUAUGAAUAGUUUUUUUUUGUUUAAUAAUUAAUAUACAUGUAU